AUGCAGCAGAGCCCACCUAUCAGCCCAUUCGCUAGGAACGCCAGCAACAGCAAGAAGCCCAAGAAGCAACGACGACGAGACCGCAACCGCCCACGCCAUGAAAUUGCUCAGCUGCAAGCUGAGGCUUUGAAGCUGGAACGCAAGCUGCAAGAUGAACUGACGCGAGCCAGCAAACGAGCACGUGACAGCUUUAAUACUCACAUCAAGAAUACCGAGUUGAAAGGCUUAAUACGGGAAAGUAUCACAGAUCUGCUGACUCUCGAGCAGAACCUGCACACUCAGAUGCGGCAACUCGUUGACUUUUUGCCUUGUGCAAUAAAAAUGGGUCCUCGAAACGUUCCAUUUGACACGACACGAGAUGGCGCGGUGUUUAGAAGGAUGGCUCGAAGUACGAAGCACGAGAUGGCGCGGUGUUUAGAAGGAUGGCUGGACGAGCAGUAUACAGACAUGGAGCGUGUUCUCCGACUUGCAGGCUUCGAUGACUCCAAGUCGGAACUAGCCGAUGCGUGCAUUUGCACCAAGAGCGGUGGCCAAGUAUGCACUAUGCGGAUGGUGAUGAAACAAUACAUGGAAAAGGAGCGCGUCGUUCAAGUGUGGAGUGCACUCUCCCACUGGCCACUUGUGGGGGAUAUUCGAAACGUACAGACUCUCGAGCAAGGGUGGAGCUUUAUCCAGCCAGUGGAGUGUGACACCAGCGUGUGUUUGAGCUACAUUGUACUGAACCCCGUAGUCAAGGGUUAUGUCGUUGAUCAGAGCUGCAAUGAAAAACUCGAGUCGCUUGCCGAAUUGUACCAAGAAAUGAUCAUCUCGCGGCUGCACGCUCUUGAGAGCCAAACACUUGACCAAGUCGCGCGGAAGAAGAGCGACGCCGUGGUCACAAUUUUGGCGGCAUUUAUGUUUUCUUAA